GCGAGCGACUGAGGUGUGCAAGCAAGAAUGACUAUAUAGACAACAGAUAUACUUUUUAGAGGGACGAGGGAGUUGAUGAGAAGAAGCAGAUUGUUAAAGAACAAGUGAAACUUGGAUAUUGACUACAGCUGAAUAUGGGUGAGUCCAGUAUCUGCCAGGUGAGGGCGACAGUCAUGCUGUAUGAUGACACCAACAAACGUUGGGUGCCGGCAGGAUCUGAUACUCCUUCCUUCAGCCGUGUCCAAAUCUAUCACAACCCUGGGGCAAACACCUUCAGAGUGGUGGGCCGCAAACUACAGGCUGACCAGCAGGUUGUGAUCAACUGUCCCAUUAUCAAAGGGAUGAAGUACAAUCAAGCCACACCAAACUUCCAUCAGUGGCGGGAUCCCAAACAGGUGUGGGGGCUGAAUUUUGGCAGUAAAGAGGAUGCUGCUCUUUUUGCCAACACCAUGAAGCAAGCAUUAGAGGCUCUCAGUGCACCGCCUGGCACAGGUGCAGCUCAGGAUGGACCCUCUGCACAGGAGCUGGAACACCAGAGAAGACUAGAGCAUAAGAGGCAGGAACAGCAGGAGAAGGAGCAACAGGAGAGAGAGAGGCAGGCCUCCAAUGCUGCAUCUGCCCCUCCUGCCCCACCAGCAGCUCCACCCGCCCCACCAGCACCCCCACCACCUCCAGGCCCACCACCCUCCUCUGGACCAUGCCCACCUGCACCUCCACCACCUCCUCCGGGGGGCAUGGUUCCACCUGCACCACCCCCGCCCCCUAGUGGAGGUGGAGGUGGAGGAGCAAACGAUCUGGCUGCAGCUCUGGCAGGAGCCAAACUGCGUAAAGCAACCAAGGAUGAGGCAGGAGCAGCAGCCCCAGCUCCAAAACCAGCAUCCUCAUCUGGGGGAGGUGGUCUAAUGGGAGAAAUGAGUGCCAUCCUUGCUAGGAGGAGGAAAACUGCUGAUAAUCCUGCUGCAAAACAGGUAGAACCUUGCAAUGAGGACUCUGACUGCUCAAUAUCAAAAUGCUCAAGACAAGGAGAAAUCAAUGGAAAGUCCAAGGAAAAAUCUACCACCAUGCCAAGGCCCAAAUCCUUAACCAACAAUCAAAAGGACUCCAGCCCAAGUCCCAGCUCAUCCUCUUCUCCCUCCUCUAACUCUGCAACUACCACAGUGUCCAGAAUGAAAGUGUUGAAAAAGAACUCAGAUGGUGCUGGAAGUGAUACUGAUGUGGAACAACUCAAACAGGAAAUUCUGGAAGAAGUGAAAAAAGAACUUCAAAAAGUGAAGGAUGAGAUUAUCACAGCACUGAUCCAGGAGCUGCAAAGGGCACAGCCAAAGGGUGACGAGUGAAUAACUGAAGAAUGGAUCAAGACAAUAAUAAGUAGAUGUGAUUGUUUUUUUAAACAUAUUUUUACCCAGUAGAAAUUGUGUUGUUUUUUUUUUUACAGAGUAUACAAUGUCAAUGUAUUUAUCACACACAUGAUUGUGUCUUCUUCAUAUUUUCAGGUGGUACAGUUUAGAGCCUGACUAAUACUGGAAUCUUGAGGUUGAUGCUGAUAUUAAUGUUUAAAGAGUAACAAAAAUUGGAAGACCAUAUAGAUCUAUGGGCUGAUAUUCCUUUUUUAAAUAUAUAAUUUUGAUAAGAAUGUCUCAUACUGUUUUUAAUGAAUUAUGACUUCAAUAUGUACUAAGCAGGGCAAAUUGCAGUUGAGAAUUAAGUGUUAUCUGGUUGAUAAAUGUAAUGGAGACACUUUCUAAAUUACCUCAAACCUAUUUUAUGUCUGGCAUUAUGGUCUAUCCUGUUUCUCAGUACAGUAAAUACAACUGCUAGCCAUGAUACUUUUUUUUGCAUGUGAGAGGAAGACACAUUGUAUCAAAUAUUAAAAUGUGUCUUUGUCUUUAACUGAUUCACUUUUUGCCAGUCCUCUUCCGUUUCGGUGGAACUUCCUCCCUACUGUCCUGUUUCCUUUGCGGCACAUACAGGUGUGGUGUUAGUAACAACAGCAUAAAUGCACAAUACAAUUUAAUUAAAAACUUCACUUUAGUAAAAGUAAUGCAAAAUGGCCCACGUUAUAUUAUUUAGUGGUUAUAUAUGCAUUAAAUGUUGUGAUGAUGGCUGAGGUAUUCAGCUAAGUAGUCUAAUUUAGAACAAUGUUCAUCAUAAAUUUUGUGUGCAGAAAUUUUUAUCCACAAGUUACUAGUAACAUAGCUCUUAGAUAAAUGUAAAAGUACAUUUCUGUUUGAAAGGAAGUGAAGUAAAGGUAUACAUUAGCAUGAAAUAGAAAUUCUCAGUACCUUAAAAUUGUACUUAAUAAGUUUACUUAGAUACUUUCCACCACUGUGUUUGUAAUUCUGUAUACUGAUCUCGGGGUAACCGAGACAUCAGUUUUCUGGAUAUAAAAUUAAUUUAAACAAAUCAAAGGAUAUGUCCCUGAGUAGCCUACUAUACCUAAUACUAUCCCGUUCUUUCCUUUCAAAUGGUCUUCAUCAGGUUUUGUCUGGUUUGUCUAGGUAUUUUUGUUUAACUCUAUCUCUACAUUUCAUCAAUUGUAUGAAGCCAGUUUUCUUCUAUUAUCUGGUAAAAUAAGACAAGAUUUGUUGUGGGGAAAAAUAACAUAGUAUUAAAAUAAGUAUUCUGAAAAAUAAGAAUCAUUUAGUGAAAUUUCUUGGUAUAUGGUUGCAAUGGAAACAGUGAAAACAUGGUGUGAGAAAUUGUUGCCAAUAAAACACCUUUUGCAAAAUA